AUGAUCGAGGCCUGCGAGCGGCACUGUGGGUUUGGGCCCGGACAUAUGGGCCGUACCGCAGCGCAGCGAAAAGAGGCGGUGGCAUCUCGAGCGGGAGGCUCCGAGGCUCCCAGAGGACGAACUUCGUGGGGGCGGGCGGGGGGUGAUCCCCGAGCCUCACCUGCGGAAGGUCCCCACAAAAGGUCCGGCACGGCGGACAGGCCUCGGGGCAGAGGGUAUCGUCUCUCGCGCGACGCAGAAUUCCAUGAGGCCCCGGACCGAAUCGACUGGGCCUGCUCGGGUCUCGGCGAGGGCGAGGGCGAUCUCGAGAAGGCUUAA